GUCAAGGGUGGAACGUCUCCCAUCGAAGCAUCUCCGAAGAGACGCUGUGUUUUUCGCGAAUUACAUUCUACUUGACUAACGAUCCCGUUAAUUAAUCUACGUGACAUUACCUAAACUCAAAAAAUCUCGUGAGUGUCCAGGAGGUAUUGAUCGAACGCACAAAUCUAUCCUGGAACGACUGAGACGUCUCUGAAUAGGAGUUUCUGAUUGUCUGUCUGGGCGGUGGCAGGUUAGGUUUCUACGAAGCAACAUAUUAAUAUUCGUCAACCUGGCGAGCCUGACGAGUUGUGUCUCGACGAUGAUGGACGACGAGGAACAGGAAGAGCUACGUUGCACCGGAAGUGAUGUAGAAAUCGAGGAAUACACAGACACCGAGGAGUCGCCAUAUGCCGCCUAUCAACCGACUGAUAAACUUUUCGACACGGAUCAACCUGGCUGGCAAAAAUUUGGCUUUUUGGCCACCCUCUGCACCGUCAUCGCCUCGGUUACCACACUCAUUAUCAGCUUCCCACUUUAUCUUGAAAGUGUCAGCGCUGUUUCCAACGCCUACACAGGUCUUACCUUUACGGCCCUCUUAUCAGCUGGUAUAUUGGGGAUGGUGAGCUUCCUGGUGGGGAGGAUUUCACCGCCACCACCCUUAAUCCCUAACAGUAUGCGAGUAAAGAUAGCGCGAUGCGCCCUCAUGAAGAUUGCCACUCUCUACGCCCUGGCUGGUGUCUUCAUUACUCUGUCCCUGGAUCAGAAUAGAGUUCUGUGUCAUCUUCAGGACCCCAUAAAAGGGAUCACCCUUGUCUUUUCGUUGGUCUACUACUUCUUCUUCUGCCGUAAAAUGAUGAGUCUGCAGCGCAUCUUCUCCACUACUACUAUUAUAGUGGGUCUGUUUAUAAGUGUCGAUUAUGGCCUCUGUGAUGAAUUUCGUUGUCGAGGUCGUGAAGUCUCUGCACACACAGCAUCCAUGAGAGGAUCCUGGGGCACCAGGGCAGUAUGGACCUUUAUAUACGUCGGUGCCCUGGCAGCCUUUGCUAUGGUCUUCACCAUGUUGGAAAGUCAUUAUGCUACUGGGCAGCAAAACGUCUGCCAGCUUCUUACUACACAGAACAAUUCCUUCCUGUAUACGGUGUCCAGGUUGGUCUCAUCUAGGGAUAUUCGACGUAGGGGUUCUGAAGAGGAGGGUGGACGUCUUCUACAUGUUACCGAUCCGGAUCCUUCGAUCAAGCCAAAGACUUACCCUAAACCGCCCAUUAUGCGAACGCUGUUCCACAUGCACGUUAUCACCUUCCUUGUUAUCUUGGCGUUUAGCUGGUUGGAUAUUUUACCUGGUAUCGGAAGGGGUCUUUCGCCAGUCGAACUUUACAAGACUGUUCAGCAUGGUUUACGCUGUCACUUUCGAGGUGGUAACACUUGCUCCAACGUUUCCGGUCAUGGAUGGACCUUCCUCUUCUCCUACGUCGUCUUCGCCAUCUCCAGUAUGAACUUCCUGGCCAUGACGGAAAGUGCAGUUUUUACGGUGGCUGCAGCUACCGUGUCGCUACCCCUAUCAGGGAUUUGGUGGAGUAUUUACAAAAUGGACGUCGGCGUGAAUGGAGGUACCAUCUCCUGGUCACCUGGUGUAACCGGCGAAUUAAUCUGCGCCUUACUUGGACUUCCCGUUGUGCUCCUGGGACUUGGACUUUUAGUAAGGGCACACUUCAGGGACACUCAGCUACCUUAUCAAAAUAUGCAACCUUCGGAUGUCCAGCGGGAGCCUUGUCACAGAUGAAUCAUUCAGAAAGUCAGAUCCCGUCUGUCGCACUUCGUCUCAAUCCCAUGAAAGUAAAAUACCAGAGGGAAGAAUGAAUAAAUAGAACUUUAUUCUCAAGGGACGAGGUCAGACGAAUACGGAAGUGUGAAAGAGGCAUGUCGAAGGUUCAGGUGUCGUAUUUCUGGCAGCCACGCGUGUUACGAGAACGACGAGAUAUGAGCAAAUAAUGCAAAAAGAAAAUAAUAACAAGAAAACUGUUUCCUAUGUAUUAAAAAAAGAGGACGUCCAUCAAGUCACGUUAUUGCCAAUUUAUAUUUUAUUUUGAUAACGAAAAUAUUUGAUAUUUUGGAUGAUGGUUGAUGUCGGUACUUAUAACACUUGUUAGUACAGUCUGAGGAUUUCACGGAGACACUAGCUGGGGUACUGAAGUGUCCUGUACCAGGUAUACCUUAUACGUGCUCUUUAUAUACAGAGCUAUUCAGGCUAAAUGUACAAACUGAAGUAAGCCUGUCUAUUUAAUAUCUAUGGUAAAGCUAACUUCAGUUGGUCCAUUUUUAUUCAAUAAUUCUAUCGAUAAAUAACUACCACGUAUAUAUGCCUUCAUUAUACACAGCAAUACGGUUAUUGUAUAAGGUAUAGUCUGUUCAUGCUCUUUUUAUACUAAUAACGUUCUCGUCUCUCUUGUUCUUCAUGGUUGUUUUUUUAAUUUUUUCUUACAACCUCUUGCUGGGCACUCGGCACUUACUUGGCUCGUGCCUCCUUAAAUUCUCGAAGAUAAGCGUAACGUAUUUGCCAAAGAUAAAAAGCCAAAAAUAUUUAUUGCUACGAAUCGUAGGGCUCCUCAGUAUUAUUGUGAUGCUAUGCGCGCACGUAGGUCUCUUUGUGUCACAUGAGAUGUUUUAUAUAAUCGCAGAUACGUGUAAAAGCAGCUCUGUAUAGUCUUAAAAGUUGCACAAGGGCAUUAGUAAUACGUGACGAAUCAAGGAUACAGAAAUAUUAUCCGUUUUAUGUACAUAUACGGACUUAGGAAAAUAUUAAGUUUUAUUAUUGUAAUUAAUCAUUAAUAUUUUAAUGUAGCAGGUAUAAUAUUUUUAAGUAAUUUAGAACAACAUUUAAUUUAACGUUUCAUCACUUAAUUACUCGUUGAGUCUUGUUGAUAAUUCUUUUGAUUAUUUUUUUGUAUCUUUACUGCUUCUUCUUUUGUUAUCACGUUUUAGCGCGAAGAUUGAAUAAUUCAAAUAGUAUUAAUGAAAUUGCUAAAUCACGUAUCCAUGAUGCAAUCACGCAAAACGGAAUGACUUUCUUGUGCCAAAUUUUUCGUGUGAACGACGGUUCCUGGUUAUUAGUACGUAACGACCGUUGCUGUCGCAUUAAUGCGCAAUUUAACUGAAACUAUAAAAUAUUUACGUAAUGUGCGAAGGAAGGAAAAAGUUAAAAUAAAAAAAAAGAGGAUAGAGAAUCGAAA